ACCUCGAUCGUUUGCCGCUUCUCUCCCUUUACGAGAGUGAGUGUGGCAAUCAAUAUAUCAAAAAAUAAAGAAUCUGCCCGAAUAAAUACACCAAAAAUGUUGAAGGCUAAAAGUCUUGCAGGUUUGAUUUUGAUCACUUUCAUUGUUUUCUCCCAAGCCAAAGUGAUCCAUGACACCCCAAGAAACUUAUUGAAGAAGCGGGUGGUGAGAGCAUUCAACCGCCAAACCAGCUCUCCUCCGCCCCCGUUUGUGCCUAAAUACGACGAGCAACAGGCCGCGUAUGUCAAAGCCCACAAUAACCUUAGGAGGAAAGUUGGCAUCCCACCAUUGACGUGGGACGCGAAUUUAACCACGGCCGCUCGUUCAUGGGCGGAGCAGCGCAAGGUAGAUUGCGAUUACAGGCACCAUUCUCCAGGAAAAUAUGGGGAGAAUCUUUUCUGGAUGCAAUAUUCAGAGUUUACACCGGCUUCUGUGGUACAAAAUUGGUUCAAUGAACAACAGUUUUUCGAUCAUACCAAGAAUCUUUGCCUGUGCCAACCGGAGACAGAUGGAUGUGAAUGUGGCCAUUAUUUGAAUGUGAUAUGGAAAACUACGACAAGGGUUGGGUGCAGUGGCUCUGUUUAUUGCGACAAUCAAAAGGGUGUUUACGUUGUGUGUUCCUAUGAUCCUGCGGGGAAUAUCAAGGGUAUGGACCCAUUGAAUCCUGGUAAUUGAGGGGAUUUUUCAAUUGUUGGGUAGUUUUGUUAGGUACAUCUCUUAGAUCUCUACAAUAAUUUUGAACUUUAAAGCGAAGCCAAAUGUCAUAAUGGAACAAGAUUGUUCCUUCGUCAUCCUUAUUUUCUUCAAAGAUGUAUUAGAUUUGUAUGUCUGCUUGUAACUUCCGUUAUUCUUUGAAGUCUAAGAUUGUAGGGAUUUUGAUAGGAAGAAAAUUCUUUAGUUUUAAUCAUUUAUCUCGUUGUGACUUGAUAAAAUCCACCAUUAAAGUGCUUGGAUAUUGACGAGUAAAUUUAUUCUGCAGGCUUGUACAAAA